CUGCGCCUGCUGCGCGGCCCGCGGCGGCCGCGCCGAGCGGCAGUUCCUCAACGAGUGGGCGGCCGAGGUGCCGGCGGGGCGCGACGCCGCCAGGGCCAUCGCCGAGGAGCUGGAGUACGAGCUCGUGGGGCAGAUUGGAUCACUCAAAAAUCACUACCUAUUCAGACAUAAAAACCAUCCAAGGCGGUCUCGAAGAAGUGCCAUUCAUAUCACUAAAAGACUUUCCGAUGAUGAGCGGGUGUCAUGGGCAGAGCAGCAGUAUGAAAAAAAGCGAACUAAGCGCACCACCCUGAGAGACUCAGCAGAAAACCUUUUCAAUGAUCCUAUGUGGAAUCAGCAGUGGUAUCUGCAAGAUACAAGAGUAACUCCAACACUGCCCAAACUGGAUCUCCAUGUUCUCCCUGUGUGGCAAAAAGGGAUCACAGGAAAAGGUGUUGUCAUCACAGUACUGGAUGAUGGCUUGGAGUGGAAUCAUACUGACAUCUAUGAUAACUAUGAUCCAAAGGCAAGUUAUGAUUUCAAUGACAACGAUCAUGAUCCUUUUCCUAGAUAUGAUCCGACAAAUGAAAACAAGCAUGGGACACGGUGUGCAGGAGAAAUUGCCAUGCAAGCCAACAAUAAAAAAUGUGGAGUUGGAGUAGCCUACAAUUCAAAAGUGGGAGGUAUACGUAUGCUGGAUGGAAUAGUCACCGAUGCCAUUGAAGCCAGUUCAAUUGGCUUCAAUCCAGAACACGUGGAUAUUUACAGUGCAAGCUGGGGCCCGAAUGAUGAUGGUAAAACUGUAGAGGGACCUGGCAGACUGGCACAGAAGGCUUUUGAGUAUGGGAUAAAACAGGGCCGAAAUGGAAAAGGCUCCAUUUUUGUAUGGGCUUCUGGAAAUGGAGGCCGUCAGGGUGACAACUGUGACUGUGAUGGUUACACUGAUAGCAUCUACACCAUCUCCAUUAGCAGUGCUUCUCAGCAAGGCCUUUCUCCCUGGUAUGCAGAGAAGUGCUCGUCAACUCUGGCCACAGCGUACAGCAGUGGGGAUUAUACUGACCAAAGAAUUACAAGUGCUGAUCUUCACAAUGAAUGUACAGAGACUCACACUGGGACCUCUGCAUCUGCACCACUGGCAGCAGGAAUUUUUGCUCUCGCUCUCGAAGCAAACCCAAAUCUAACCUGGAGAGAUAUGCAACACUUGGUAGUCUGGACCUCUGAGUAUGAUCCACUGGCUGGCAAUCCAGGAUGGAAAAAGAAUGGAGCUGGGCUCAUGGUAAACAGCCGAUUUGGGUUUGGAUUGCUCAAUGCCAAUGCACUGGUGGAUUUAGCUGAUCCUAAAAGAUGGAAAGGCGUGCCAGAAAAGAAAGAGUGUAUUGUCAAAGACAAAAGCUUUGAACCAAGAUUACUAAGAGCAAAUGGGGAGGUCAUCAUUGAAAUUCCCACAAAAGCCUGUGAAGGUCAAGAAAACUCCAUUGCGUCGCUGGAGCAUGUGCAGCUUGAGGCAACAAUCGAGUAUUCCCGUAGGGGCGACCUGCAUGUCACCCUGGAGUCUCCGUCAGGAACCAGCACUGUCCUACUGGCAGAGAGAGAGAGAGACAAGUCUCCUAAUGGCUUUAAGAACUGGGACUUCAUGUCUGUUCACACAUGGGGAGAGAAUCCAACAGGCACCUGGGUGUUAAGAAUUACUGAUGUGUCCAGAAGAAUACAAAAUGAAGGGAGGAUUGUAAAUUGGAAGCUGAUUUUGCAUGGCACAUCUACCCAGCCUGAACACAUGAAGAAGCCACGUGUGUACACAUCCUACAAUGCUGUGCAAAAUGACAGAAGGGGAGUGGAGAAAAUGACAGACCUUGUAGAGGAUCAUACCACCCCGUGGUACCCGAGUGAAAAUCCCAAAGCCACAGCAGGCACCAGUAGUAGCAGUGACAAAGCAGAAGAUAAAAUUCCAUCGGAGGCCAUGCUGCACUUGCUGCAAAGUGCUUUUAGCAGGCAGAUGGCUCGGAAGCGCCUGCCCGAGAAGACUGCAAGUGAGAAGUUAAAUAUUCCAUACGAACAGUUCUAUCAAGCCCUCGAAAAGUUAAACAAGCCUUUCCAGCUAAAAGACUCAGAAGAAAGUCUGUACAGUGACUACGUUGAUCUUUUUUACAAUGCCAAACCAUACAAGCAUAGAGAUGACAGACUGCUGCAGGCCUUGGUUGAUAUUCUGAAUGAAGGAAACUAAACGAUAGGGUAUGGUGCUGAGUUGGAAAUAUUCAUGCUCCCCACCCCACCUCCACAGUUUUUUUCAGGAGUCUAUCGUAUGCUCUAGUUGUGUGAUUGCUGCUUUGAUUGCUUCAUAUUUAGCACAAAUAUCAGGAAGAGGACAAAAAUAGGUGUGGGAGGAUAAGGCAGUAAACUGAUGCUUUUUAGUAAUAGCUUUUUUCAAAGCCUUUAUUCAUUGCCAUGUGAGUAGACUUGCCCCCUCAGGCAUGAAACACAACAGUAUUCCCCCAGGGAAAACAAAACCCCCAAAACCCUAAUGCUCUAUUUUAAACAUAAAUUUUCAUAUUACUUAUUCUUUCACCCUAUUCCCUUAGCAUGCAGUAAGAUUCAAAACCUGAAUUACUAAACAGUUUUGAAUUGAAAAGCCAAAGCUAUAGGGAGAUACUCUCAUCCCUGGAUUUGUAAUAAAUAUUGCAGUCUUUUUUAUACUUGGCAUUUAUUCAGGAUUUAAGAUUGGCAGCCAGUACUGCUUCUGUCACAGUUUUCUUUUUCUCUUUUUUUUUUGUCCCUUUUCCAAACAAUGCAAUUUCUGUUCUCCAGGAAAGGAACAGCUGUAAAGCUGGAGUUGGAUUGGAGCACGAUAGGAAAAUGCCAACCACUCGUUUACUAUCCAUCCCUGGAAAGCCUUAUUCUAAGCACACAGUAAAGGAGUUAUUUCUGAUGUAAGCUACAGGCAGAUACAUACUAACAUAAAGGAGCCCUGAGUGAGGCAUGCCAGACCUUGGGACAGCAUUCUUGCCACCUAAUUUUAACUGAAGUGCCUGAAUUGUAACUCUAGUCUUUGUAGGCUUAAUGAAGCCAAAGGCUCCUAUAAGUAGCAUUUCAAAGCACUUGGCUAGUUUUUACAGUGGCUCUGAAUUACCUGGUGGACUACCCAUCUAUUUUAUUUUAUUUUUUACUACAGGAGUUUUGAGGGACCAACCUUUUAUCUAUGGAAGCUCAGUUAGGUUUCUAAAGUAAAGUAAUAAAAAAAUCUCCUGAGAUAUCUGCAUCCUCGGCAGUCAAGACAAUGAAUCUGUUCUUUCCUUAAUCUGUGGCUAAAGUAGUAUGGAAAUGGGAACUAUUUCUGCAAAGUCCACUUAAAAGACUGGCUGUUGAAAUGUCAGUGGUGGAUUGUAAUGCUUCUUCAUUUAGCAAGUUAAAGAAAAAUGUAUGGGGGAGCCUUGAGAUACAAAUAUCAAGAGAAAGGAACCAGUAGAAGGAAAGAAGGAAAGAAAGGUCUGUCACCCUAUUGUGGGUGAAAAAAAAGGAAAUCUGGAGUAGAAUGAUAUGACUGGAAGUGUUUCUUAGAGAAAUAGUUUUCCUCACAUAGCCUCUUUAAUGUCAAAGUCAAUCUCGGCUUAUUAUUUUCUUGUUCAUAAUUAAAAAGCAGUAUAAUAUUGGACAGUCAGAAUUUGGAGGGUAUCUAGAUCAAGGAAAUAAAGAUUCCUAAUGGAACAAAAAACACAGUACCUAAUUAUAGUGCUCAAGAUCAUAGGAAUAAAUACUGACUAGGUUUUAGUUCUUUUUCUCCCUGUUUCUGAUAUCUAUCUACUGAAAUAUAUUUCCAAACAUUGAAGAAAUACUUGUCUUUCACUGUCUAUUUCUUUAAGUGAUGCAAGUGUUUGUGAAACAGGAGUUUAACAUUUUGCUGAUAAAUCAUCACUGUGGACAGUGAUUCCUCAAACUUUAUGAUAAAGCUUGCAAUUUAAGACCAUACUUAAAUCUUACAGAUAAGCAGGACUGCAUAAAGAUAACGUUAAAAUUUGUCUUGCCAAAUUUAAGAUUGGAAAAUCUCUACUUAUUCAUUCAUUCCAGUGCCAAUCUUGAGCUUACUCUGCAUUUUUUUGCCAGCUUUGGGUAAAUUUAGCUUAGCUGAUUUGAUGAGUUCUUCUAUAUUUCUACUCCAUGUUAUCAUACCUCAAAAAUAGCAACUCUGAGAUUGGAUGUCUCUUAGACUAAAUCACUCCUUCUGUACUAAGCAAUUUGCUUAGAACAAGAAGUGAGCAAAAAUACACAAGUCGUCCAAAUCAGAAGCUUUCUUAUGGCGAUUUGUAACUACUGAAGAAGCAAAAUAUUACAGUUUCUAAUAGCUGCUAUUGGCCAUUGAGAGCACUAACGUAGUUCCACUGAUGUUUAAUUUUCAGAAUUGGGAGUUAAUCUCUACAAAAAUAUUCCUAUAUGGUCGGUUAGGAUGAGCUUUACUUCUGUGCAAUGAAGCUUAGAGGCUGCUUCCC